ACGCAUGCGCGAGGUUUGUCCCUCCCCCAAUUCGCAACAUUGCCUCUCGGGCCGGGUCUCGUCUCAGGCUUCUCUCUGUUAGACACAAUUAGGCAUUUCAUUGUUGACUGAGUGUCUUAAAGAACAUCUUAAUCUUCCCUGUCUUGAGCAAACUCAAUAUGCCUUCCUAUAAGCUGACUUAUUUUCCUGUUAAGGCAUUGGCUGAACCAAUUCGUUUUCUGUUCAGCUAUGGUGGCACCGAAUUCGUUGAUGAUCGUUUCGAAAGAGAAGAUUGGCCGAAAAUUAAGCCUACUACGCCGUUUGGCCAAGUACCCGUGCUCGAAGUAGAUGGAAAGAAGAUCGCUCAAUCUACAGCUAUUUCUCGCUAUUUGGCAAAACAAUACGGUCUUGCUGGCAAGGACGAUUGGGAAUCUUUAGAAAUCGAUUCUACUGUCGAUACUAUACAUGAUUUACGCGCCAAAAUAGGAGCUUUUCAUUAUGAAAACAACGAAACUGCUAAGGAGGAGAAACUUAAAAUCGCCAAGGAAACGGUUCCGUUCUAUCUAGAGCGUUUGGACUCUCAAGUGCAGAAGAAUGGCGGGUACUUCGUUGGCGGUGCUUUAACCUGGGCCGAUCUCACUUUUGUCGCUCUACUGGACUAUCUAAACUUUAUGAUGAAGGAGGAUAUAAUCGAGAAAUAUGAAAACCUGAAACAGCUGAAACAAAAAGUCGAAGAGAUACCGGCCAUCAAGAGCUGGAUUGAGAAGCGUCCGCCGACUACGCCGUUUGGCCAAGUACCCGUGCUCGAAGUAGAUGGAAAGAAGAUUGCUCAAUCUACAGCUAUUUCUCGCUACUUGGCAAAACAAUGCGGUCUUGCCGGAAAGAACGAUUGGGAAUCUUUAGAAAUCGACUCUACUGUCGAUACUAUACAUGAUUUACGCGCCAACAUUGCGGCUUAUCACUAUGAAAACAAUGAAACUGCUAAAGAAGAGAAACUCAAAAAUGCCAAGGAGAAGGUGCCGUAUUAUCUGGAGCGUCUGGAUGCUCAGGUGCAAAAGAACGGUGGUUACUUUGUCGGUGGUGCUCUAACUUGGGCUGAUCUUACUUUUGUCGCUUUAUUGGACUAUCUAAAUUUUAUGAUGAAAGAGGAUAUAAUCAAGAAUUAUGAUAACCUGAAGCAACUCAAACAGAAGGUCGAGGAGAUACCGGCCAUCAAGAGCUGGAUUGAAAAGCAAACUCCGUAUCGGAGACUCCAUAUCUGUCAGAUUUUUGCUUGUCGCCAGAAAGUACGGAUUAUUAGCAAGAAUAUGUCGACAUACAAGCUAACGUAUUUUAAUCUCACCGGCCUUGGGGAGCCAAUUAGGUACUUGUUAAGUCAAAGUGGCAUCAAGUUCGAGGAUGUUAGAGUCGAAUUUGACGAUUGGCCGAAGCUAAAAUCUACCAUGCCCAUGGGGCAAAUGCCGGUUCUGGAGGUGGACGGUAAACAGUAUCAUCAAUCCAAGGCAAUCGCUCGCUUCGUCGCUAAGAAGGGCAAUUUAUAUGGUUCGAACGAGCUCGAGGCCAUGGAGAUUGACGCUACAGUCGAUACUAUUGACGAUCUAAGACAAGCUUUAUCCACUUACCACUGGGAAAAAGAUCCCGCUAUCAAAGAGAAACUCAAAACAAUCGCCUUCGAAAAAUUACCCUUCUAUCUCGACAAAUUGGAGGCUCAAGUUAAGAAGAAUGGCGGAUACUUUGUUGGUGGCAAGUUAUCGUGGGCAGAUCUCCUGUGGGCUGCGUAUUCUGAAUAUCUAAAUGUUGUUCUGGCAGGAGAUAUAAAUAAAGAUCAUCCGGAAUUGAAGAAACUGGUGGAAAAAGUUCGCGCGCUUCCCAAAAUUAAAGCAUAUAUCGAAAAGCGACCCAAGACUCAAUUGUAAAUAAAACAAUCUCCGUUUUUAUUCUUUUUUCUUCAAUUGCAAAUAGAUUACGUUUAACAUUCAUUCCGCUACAUUUUAUUAAAAAAAUGAUAUAUUAAUUGCGAGUUUUUCUAACCGAUUAUUUUGCAAUCCUCGAAAUCGCUAAUAUUGCUAUGUAAAUGCAAAGAAAAUUAAAGUUUUCUUAUUGAAUAAAAAUGCUUUAAUUUACUA